AUGGCAUCACCACAUGGAUCUGGCAUGUCGCACGACACGACUGCAAGCGGGACGUCACACAUGGCAAUGGUCUCUACAUCCGCUGAAGUACUGCCUCCAAUGACAAUUCCAUUAUGGCAUUCGACUACGACUGGCUCUCUCCUGUCCUGUCCUCAGGUGAAAUCGCUGCUGGGCGAUUAUCCAAGCGACGUAUUUUUGCGCAUCGAGGAGCGGCGAGCACCCCUUACCUCUCAGGGCCUGGUAGGCAACCCAACAGACCUGUCUGCGAUACAGCCUCUGGAUCGGAGCUGUACAGAUGACUUGAUGGAAUUAUAUUUCCAAACCGUAAACAUACAGCACCCUAUCCUGGACCGCGACGAGUGUAUCGCUCUUUACCAUUCAACCGUGUCGCGGCCUUUACAACCGUCUUUGGAAUCAGCUCUACUAUUAGUGGUGCUUGCUUUAGCCGAAUGUGCCAAAACUCAGCCACCCGAACGGCUCAGUGCAGACUGGGCACCUGGAAGCACCUAUUUCCUGCCAGGCCUUAGCAUCUCGCUUGAAGCCUACCUGAACACUACAGUCCCCUCAUCAACGCUUCCACAGUGCCUGUAUUUGAUGGCAUUGUACUAUAAUUAUAUUGUACGACCCCUGGACGCUUGGAAACUUGUUCAUAUGGCAUCGACCUGCUUCCAACGACUGUGGAUAAGUGACCUGAUUGCGGAGCAUCAUCUGCCCCGUAGUGGCAUCGAGAACCUAGUGGACAGGUUACAGCUUCCUCUUUGUGGAGACCCGCCGAAUCCUUCUCUGCUUGCAUGGCUAGCUGAACUGUCCGCCCGCCGACUUCUCAAUCGAGUCCACCACGCUAUGUAUGAAAAUGAUCAAGAACACUUGCUCCAGGCGGACCAUGUGACUAGCAACUGUGCUAGUGGAAGGGAAGAAGAGGUUAUAAUCAGACUUAUGAGCUCCAGACUGAACGUGUCAAUGGAGCUAGAUACGCAGUUGAAUCAUUGGUAUGAUUUGAUUCCGCAGAUCAUCAAGCCAGAUUUGACACAGAUCCCCAUAUCCGUUGGUGAUGCCGUGAUAGUUCUCCGGCAUCAUUCUGCGAAGGAUAUCAUCUUUCGGCCAUUUUUACUCUUUGCUUGCAGCCUCCCCUCGACUGUGCGGCCUCCGGAAUCUUUGAUUGAGAUUUGCCAAACAACAAUCUAUAGCUGCCGCCAAUACGUUCGGGCGGCAGCUAUGAGACUGGCCGAGCCUUCUGCGUCGACAGAGAUUGUGGUCCAUUCAGUUUUCGCUUCCACGAUAAUUAUCACGAUUUCCGCACUCAACCCAUGGUUAACAGAGUAUGCACCAGACAUUGAUGACUUGCAGGGAAUUGCGAUCUCUACAAUGCAGCGCUGGGCAUUGCCAGGAUCUUGCAUUGAAGCGAUGACCCUGAUGCUUGGAGCCAUUCGAAAUAAAACAAAGAUGCUCAAGGCAAAUAGCGAGCUAAUAUAG